AUGUUGUUUAUCACUGUUGUAUCUCUGCUAAUCGCUGGAACUUCAGCUGGAACUUUGCAACCGGGCCCGUGUCCCAAUAUCACUGGAAUUGACUUUGACAUGAAUCGAUUCGUAGGAAAAUGGCGCGACUAUGCAUCUACAGAUGAUCUAUACCAUAAUACUCUGCGGUGCGUAACGCAUUUUUGGGAACCGCCAGUUAACGGUGUGUCAAAUGUAUUUUCUACCGGAAUUACAAGAACCAGCCUGCUAGAUGAAGUUGAGAGUCAAGCUUACCUAAGCAAGCCAGACAAUGGCAUACAUCUGACAACCGUAAUACCGAUGAUUGGAACUCAGAGUAUUGAAUACUGGGACUUGGAAGACAUCUAUGACAAUGAUUCGAUAUGUUGGUCUUGUAAAGAAGUGGGAUCUUACCAUCUGCAGACAAUUACCAUAUGGACCCGCAGGAAUAUUCCAAGAGGAGAUGUCAUUGGAAGAGCGCGACAAUUAGCCGCUCAAAAGGGUCUGGCAGCAGCCCAUUUCGGGUUUUACUUCAACCCUUGUAAUGAAUUCAUUUAA